CUCGGGAAAGUCUGAAGUCCGCUGCUGUCUGGGGCCUACGCUGACUCUCCCACACCCAUAUCAGAAAUGGAAAGUCUGAUCCUAAAAUUCAUACGGAAUUGCAAGAGGCCUCAGAUUGCCAAAACUACCCAAUAAAAGAACUAAAUUGGAAGACUUACACGUCCCAAUUUCAAAAAUUACUACAAAACUAUAGUAAUCAAGACAGUAUGGUACUGGCUUAAGGCUAGGUAUAGAGACAAUGGAACAGAAUUGAAAGUCCAAAAAUAAACCCCUACUUUUAUGGUGAACUGGUUUCAACAAGGGUGCCAAAGUCACUCACUUGAGGAAAGAUCAGCUCCUCAGCAAAUGGUGCUCAGACAACUGGACCUCCAUUUGCAAAAGAAGGUAUUUGGACUCCUACCUCACACCAUAUACAAAAAAAUUAACCACGUAUAAAAUUGAUCAAAGACCUAAAAGUAAAAGUCGUGAGUUUUGGCCCACAGGAGUAGACGGACAGGGUUGAGGAACCAGUCUCCCAGUGAAGGUGCUGGAGGCUCCUUGAUGCUCUUCCCUGACAGCUGAGCCUAGAGUGCACUCCUUGGGAUGAUGGCGCCCCUCCUCUCACACCUUGGCUCAGAACUCAGCACUGAAAUCCACUGGGAAGGCCAGGGGCAGGAGAGACCUCUGCCUAGUGGGAGUGCAAGGACAGAGGCCUCCUCGGGCUGUGUAGGCCCUGCCUGGAGGGGACACCAGAACCAUAGGGCACAGGCCUCCCCUACACACGUGUGUGCGAGGCAGCGGUUGGAUCAGUGUGGAGAGAGGGUGGAGGAGGUGCCCACAAGUUACCAAGGUUUGCAGUGACUUCCUGUCAUUCUACAUUCAGGUACACAGCUCCCAGGACAGCCAGCCCCUCCCCAUAGGGCUACACACCUGGCCUUCAGGCCACACCCAGGCUGGUGGCCGCAGACCACUUGGGUCCCUGUUUCCAGGGCUCUGAUGGGAUAGAAGAGACUCAGCCCCGUGAGGAUGUGGGUGCCCCUCAUCUCUCCACAGCAAGGAGGGGCCAGAGGAAGCCCCAUGCUAGCGUCAGGGGACAAGGAUUCCAGCUCAGGCCUGUCCACAGCUGUGUGACCCGGCAUGGGUUAAGCUCUCUCAAGGCCUCAGUUUCUUCCUCUGCAGAGUGUGGGAUGGGGGUGACCUCACCAGAUGGCCCCACAUGCUUUAGCACAGAGAUAAUCCCUUUCCUCGUGACCCACAGCCAGCCAAGCAGCUCUACUGAGUGUGGGACUCUGUCCAAGCUCUGAGUCAGCCCUAGGGCCGGUCUUGGCAGCCCUGUGCUGGCUGGCCAGGGUUGGCUGUGGAUCCAAGGAAAGGGAUUUGGAAUUCAGGGAUUUAUGCUUUAAAUUUCACAUUUUCUUUUUCCCAAUAGAGUUUCCUACUCUCAAUCUCUUGACACGAUGGUAAAGCCCUUUGCUGUAGCUAAACUCAGUUGCCAUUUUCGGAUUGGCAUUAGGGUGAGAAGGCUGAGUGCUCACAGGGAAGCCUCUUCCCAGCAGCACCCCUGGGCUGGAAAGGGCAGCGGGAGGAGCACAGAGCAGCAGAGGGUGGCUCAGGCUAAGCCGGAGCUGCCCGGGGCAAACAAAGAGGGACCUGCCUCCUUGUUUCUUAGCCUCUUAACACGGAAGCUCGCAGCCUGGAUUCCAGGAAGGCUUGGGGGGUACAGCCAUCCUGCUGGAAGCCUUUGCUCCUUUAGCCCAGAGAGCACUUGCCCCAGCCCCACAUACACCCCAGGGAGAUGCUACCGGCCAAGGGGAGGCUUGUUGAGGCCACGGCCCAGCAUCAAGCCCUCACAUCAGGCUGUUCCAGCAGCCAGGGGCCCUCAGAAGCAAGGCCGAGUGGAAGGAGGUGCCAGGGAGGGGGCAGAGCUCAAUGUCCACUGCAGCAGCUGCUGGGGUCCCUUCUCUGCUCCCACCUCAUCUGGCACAGGGUGGGGCAUGGGAUGGAGACAUCUGAGUACCCACCAGGCCCACACACAUAUGUGGACAUGCAUGCAUGCCACACACACAUGUGCACACACUUGUAUAUGUACACAUGCCCCUGACACAGCUGCACCAUGCCAGAUACACGCCUCACACAUGGGUGCACACACACAGCACACGUGCUCACACACCAUGCACAUGCCUGCAUCUGAGGCUGACCCUGCCUUUGAUCUGGAGGAUGCUAAUGGACCCUGCAGAGAGAGAGUGGAUGUCACUGCAGAGACUCAGUGGGCACUGGAGGGUGCAACGUCCCCUGUCCCAGUCUCUGCCCAGGUACCUCCUGUCCCCUGCCCCACACACCCUUCAUCACUGGGUGUCCCCGUCACCGGGUAUCUGUGCUGGGGGAGUCCAGCAGGCCAGGCCUGGCCUCUCUCCAGAGCCCCCCGAGUCUCAGUGGGCCCCACCCUGGGGCUGGGGAGGAGGAGUAGGAGUGUGGGGGAGCUGGGUGGGGACUGAGUCCUUUCUCCAGGAGGGAAGGUUGUGUGUCCCUACGGCCCUGUGUCACCAGAACACCUCCCCAACAACAGGGGUCACUCCCACAGGACCUGCCGCUGACCAUGGGACAAGAACGUGGGGGGCAUGGGAAGGAUGUGGAGGGGGCAUGGGAAGGAUGUGGAGGGGGCAUGGGAAGGAUGUGGAGGGGGCAUGGGAAGGAUGUAGGGGGCAUGGGAAGGAUGUGGGGGGCGUGGGAAGGACGUGGGGGGUGGCGUGGGAAGGAUGCGGGGGGUGUAGGAAGGACAUGGGCGGUGUGGGAAGGACGUGGAGGGGGUGUGGGAAGGACGUGGGGGGUGGCGUGGGAAGGACGUGGGGGGGCAGCGUGGGAAGGACGUGGGGGACGGUGUGGGAAGGAUGUGGGGGGUGUGGGAAGGACAUGCGGGUGGCGUGGAAAGGACGUGGGGGAGCUGUGGGAAUAACACGGGGGUGGCGUGGGCCCUGCUCCCUGUCUCUCUUCUUUGGACGAGGCUGCCAGUAUGUGGAACCCAGGGGGGUGCCCUGUGGCCCAGCAGCUGUUCCACCUUCCCUGCAGCCACAAGCUUUGAAGUGGCCUUGCCAGAGGCCCCACCGGACGUCUCCGGGGAGCUGCAGCCAGACUUUGGGCACAGCAGGCAGUGCCUAUGGGGAGAGAGACACCCUCCAGCCGGCCUCCCUCCACCCCCAGCCCCCCGACGGCAAAUGGGCUCCUCCAAGGGUCUUCAGGGAGGUGUGCCAAGGCCGUGUCGUUGGAAGGUGGCGCAGUCAGGGUGGCAGGAAAAAGGACCAACAGGGCUCAACCGGCAGGUCCCGAUAGAGGGACCACUUCAGAGGCGGUUCAAGGAGCCGAGCCCCAGGGUGGGAGGCCUGGGACCAGCCCCCGGGGGACAGCGACGGCCCCAGGCCUGGAGGGCCGGAUGGAGCAGCCGGCGUGCCCUGCAGGGGGAGUGGGAAGAAACGGGGAAGCCGGGCCGCGGUAGCGCAGGCCGCAGGCAGGGCUGUGUGGGACAGGGCGGCUUGCACAGCUUAGCUUCUUCCUGGCCCGGGUGGGCUCCGUCCUCUUCUCUGGGCCAGCUGCGCCGGAGGCCCUGGGAAGAGUCCCCCUGCUCUGGCCCGCGGGACCUGCUCCCCAGCCUGGAAAGUCUGAGCUGGCCCCGCUGCCGGGACACCCUCCCCAGCCUCGCUGGUGGCCUAGUUUCUGCCGGGCGCGGGGGGAAUGUGGGUCAGCGUUUCCAAGUCUGGCCCGGGGCCAGAGGCAGUGGAAGGAAAAACACUCAGCGGGGGCUGCCUGGCAGAGGCCUCACCCCACAGCCGGCGGCUCCAACCCCACGGCCGGCGGCUCCAAACUCACAGCCGGCGGCUCCAACCCCAGGGCCCGCGUCUCCAACCCCACAGCCGGCGGCUCCAAAUCCGCAGCCAGCAGAGGCCUCACCUCUCACAGCCCGCGGCUCCAACCCCGCAGCCGGCGGCUCAGGGCUCAGGACCACAGGGAGGGCGCCCCAGGCAGCACCUCCUGCUGGGCUCUGCUCCCACCGCCGUCCUCUGGAGAUGGCCCGAGGCUGGUGCCCAUGACUCAAUGUCCCACUCCCGCAUCUCCCGCGGUCCCAGGGCGGGUCCCGCUGGUGUGUGGCCGGCCUCGCAGGAACCACUUCACUCUCCCCCAGCCACUACUCCCACAGGCAACAGGACCGGCCCCCUGGCCCCUCGGUGGGCGCAUCAGCUUGGUGGCCCUGGAGGCCCCCUGCGCCUCAGAGGUCCCUCAGAGGCCGGCCAGCUUCCAGCACCCUCCCUAAGUCCUCAGCCCCUUGGAGGCUGCCAUGGCACCUGAACGCCCCCCACCGCCCCCCCGCCUCUCCAGGCACAGCUCCAGAGGUUGGGCGGAUGGGGGCUGCAUCCCGGGCACCACAUGUGGGUAGGCACUGCCGCAGCCCCUCGAGUAGCCCUCAGCAAGCAGGGUUGCAGGGUGGGCUCUGUGCAAAACCGCCAUCACAGCCCCAGGGCCAUCAGCAGGCAGAGGCGCAAAGCCUGGUCAUGGCCAGCAGCCCUGGGAUGUCCCUGCCCGAGACCCCCCACCCCCGGAGACCCCCAGCCCCAGGAUGCCCACGCCUCAGCCUCCCAAGUAGGUGGGACUACAGGUGUGCACUACCACACCCAGCUAAUUUUUUUUUAUGUUUGUAGAGCAGUCUCGCUGUGUUGCGCAGGCUGGUUUCGAACUCCUGGCUUCGAGCCAUCCUCCUGCUCAGCCUCCCAUGGUGCUGGGAUUGCAGGCGUGAGCCCCACGCCUGGCCACGCGCCUUGUUGAGUUGGUGACUUCGCCUUUGCUGUGGGGAUCUGGGUUGGGGUCUUGUGGCUUACAUGAGAAUAGAAGAUCAUGGGGUAGUUGCUGGCACCCUCCCCUCAAGGAGGCUCACACAGGCCAGGACCGCCCCCUCUGGCUGCCCCAUCGCUGCCCCCCGACAGGCCCUCUGCCUCUCCCCUGUGAACCACGAAGCACAUCGACGGGGUGCCUAGUGCCCCGCCUCAGGGUUCAUGGGGGAGGCCCUUCUUUAAUGUCUCUUACUGGGCACAUCCAGAGGCCACGUGUUCCAGGGUCAGAGAGACCAGGAGAAAUCCCAGCUUCUUCACUCACGGCUGUGCAUCUUCAAGAAGGUGACUGUGCCUCUCUGAGCUUCAGCCUCCUCUGUCUGAUAGCAUAGGGGUCUGCAAGUCUCUAGAGGUCAUGUGAGCUCCAUGGGAACCUCUCAUCUAUACCGUGGAAGCAGCUGCGGGAAGUGCACGUGAGCUCUGUGGCCUCAUGCCAACCAAGACCCUGGGGGUCACACCAGGCAUGGCUGAGAAGCAGAGCAGAGGCCACUGCGGUGACCAGGUUACUCCCGAGACUCAGAGCAGAGGCCACUGCGGUGACCAGGGUUACUCCCGAGACUCAGAGCAGAGGCCACUGCGGUGACCAGGGUUGCUGCCUGCCUGCCACACACCCCACUUGGGCCUCUGGCUGUCUCCUCUCCUGCAGAAACCCCAUGGGCAGGUGUGCAGCCAGCAUGGAGGGAAGACGUGUGUGCCAGCAAAGAGAGCACGAGGCCUGGAGUUCUCAUCUGUGCCACCAGAAGCAAGGGACACUGAAACGUCAUUCAUGACCACUAGGGAGACGGCUCCAUCCCAGGCAUCACAAACCAGCCCAGAAGUGUCACCGGUAAGCGCGACAGCAGACACUAGAAGGUAUGUCAUCCAUACUCAUUAUCCAGAGAAGGUACUGGAAGGAAGCCAGUCACUGCCCCUGAGUCAGACCAGAGGACACCCCCCUGACAUCAAGGUGAGGCCAAGGGGAGAGGAAACAGGGCUGAGUAGGGCCUGUGAUGUCAGCAUGUCUGGUUGGGCAUGUGGCAGGGACGAUGACUGAGAUAGAAGACAUAAACCUCCAUGGUCCAAACAUGGGAGCUAAACUCGGAAAGCCAAUGGGACGGGGACGUGAUGAGGGGACUUGAGGGUCACAGGAGCUCCUUCCGUGUCUCUCUCUCCAUAAUUAGGUCUAGUGGCAACAGAAAAAUGCAGACAGAUCAAUAUGGAUGGUCAUGCUCACGUUCCUCAUGGGAAACAGCGCUUCUGAACAUUCCUCACGGGAAACAGAGCUUCCAAACGUUCCGACUUCCGAUAAGUCCAUGUCUGUUGUGUAUUGGCUGCAAAGAAAACCUCUAGGAACUAAAAAGUAGAAUAAUUAAAAUGAUCCUAUUAUCCAAAAAAUUGUAAAAUAAACAACGGAAAGUGCCACCUCUUCCCCCAGAAACUUAGAAACCAACACACUCCCAGGUAGCCCUUGGGUAAAACAGGAUAUUAAAUCUGAACGUGCGCUCUCUGAAAAGCCGAGAAGCCAUAAAUAUCGAUCCAUAAAUAUCGAGGACUCAGCUAAUGCAGCGCCCAGAGCCCCCAGCACAGCUCUUAUUUUUUAGAGGAAAAAAUAAACGAGAGGGACUUUGUGCCACCCUAAGAAACUAGAAUGAGAACAAUAAAGUGCAUUUUAAAAAGUAGGGAGAAUUAUGAAGAUAAAGCCAGAAAUUAAUGAAGUAGGAAACAAAUAAGUAAAAAGGAGAAAUGAUUGUUUUUCUGAAAGAAAUAAAAUAAAAUCCCCUUGCCCAGCCCAAAAGCUGCAUCAAGAAAUGACUGCCUAGGCUGGGCGUGGUGGUUCAUGCCUGUAAUGCUUACACUUUGGGAGGCUGAGGUGUGCGGAUCACUUGAGGCCUGGAGUUUGAGACCAUCCUGGCCAAUAUGGUGAAACCCUGUCUUUGCAAAAAUACACAAAUUAGCCGGGCAUGGUGGUGCGCGCCCGUAGUCCCAGCUACUUGGGAGGCUAAGACAGAACAAUUGCUUGAAUCCGGGAGGCGGAGGCUGCAGUGAACUGAGAUCGUGCCACUGCACUCCAGCCUGGGUGAUAAAGUGAGACUCUGUUU